UUUAGUCCUUUAUGACUACAUGUAUUCUCGUUUAACUGCAACACUAAUUUUGCUGCAGAAAGUAAACAGACUCCCCCGGAAGUUCGCUGUGGUCGCGCCACGUCAGAGCUGCUCGAGGUUUAUCCUUAACACGAGUCUGCAGUUGUUUCUCCUUUAUUUAUUUUUUAUUUCUCUCCUGCACCAUGCUCUGCCUGGGAUUCAGUGUCUUGCUACUGCAUAUGUAUAUGGUCUUUGGGACAGAGAUCACAUUUGAACUACCUGACAACGAUAAGCAAUGUUUCUACGAGGAACUAGAAAAAGACGUGAAAUUUGAAGUAGACUUCCAAGUCAUUUCCGGUGGCAAUUAUGAUGUGGACUGCUUUGUCACCGAUCCAUACAACAAUGUGUUGUAUAAUGAGAGAAAGAAGCAGUACGACAGCUUCUCUCACACCACAGCCAUGCAGGGAGUCUACAAGGUCUGCUUCAGCAACGAGUUCUCCACCUUCACUCACAAGAUCGUGUACUUGGACUUCCGACACGGAGGAGAGGAACCUCUUCUUGAGAGCAUGAGCAGAAGCACGGCACUAACCCAGUUGGAGUCGUCCUGCGUUGCCAUUCAUGAGGUGUUGAAGGUGGUGGCGGACUCACAAACGUGGUACAGACUAAGAGAAGCGCAGGAUCGUACCAAAGCAGAGCACCUCCUCCAGCGCGUGACCUUCUGGUCCCUCGGCCAGACGGUUCUGCUGUUCGUGAUCGGCAUCGGUCAAGUCAUGAUGCUCAGGAGCUUCUUCACCGACAAGAAAGGCUCUGUGGCGGCGGCCACUUAGAACUCAGUCCUGUUCUGUCCAAAGGUGGAAGUUUGCUCCAUUAUUGUGCUUUAGGACAUAAGCAUAUACUGUUUUUUUGUUUGUUUUGUUAUAAACAAGCCCUUGUUGGAUAGACAAAUCAAGGAGUUUGUGUCCCUGAUCGCUUGCUCAAUGUCCAAUAAUCAUUGAUCUGUUUUGUAAUGAGCCGAACUGAAAAGAAACGCAACGCAUGUUGAAAAUAAAUUGCAAUCUCUCAAAAUGUCAUAGUUUAUUUAUGAUAAUUUAUUCGAAGAUAGAAAAAGGACCAUUGUUGGUUGAAAUCUCCCCCUCGGUUACAGUAAACAUCGUGGCACAUAGAAACCAAAGAGGUUUUGUCUCUGAAUGUUACUUUAAUUUGUUUUUUUUUUAAGUGUCCCUUGUGUUUGUUGUUAUAUUAAUUUCUGUGCAAAAGCAUUACAAGCGCUGACGAUUCUAUUUUAUAUCUUUGUCUUUUUGCAAAAAGUUGUGUUUUCAGAGUUAUCUGUUUGUAAUCUAUACAACCGUAAAUAAAACAUGAUGGAAAUUCCUUAAUUUUGAAAUGAGUACAAAUGUGAAAAUUGAUUUGUUGUAUGAUUUUAUUUAUUUAUUUAGCUUUUGAGAAUUUACUUUAUGGCUGUAAAAUCUAUCCACUUAGAAAAUU